AGCUGGCUAGUGUGCGCCUGCGCGUCUAUUAGCGUCGAAGAAGAGUUAGCAUUGUAAACACAAGGCUAUGGCUGACGACAGGGGAGGAGAAGACGACGUCAACGACAACAUGGGCAACCAACUGCAGCUCCUACCAGGCAACGAAGAGGAGGAGGAAGACGACAUGGAGACGGAGGACCGAGACAGUGAGGAUGCAACAAAACCCGACAUCAUCACCUUCGACCCCAGUCUACCCACAUCACACAGUUACCUGGGUUCAGACAUGGAGGAGUUCCACGGGCGCACGGUCCACGACGAUGACAGUUGCCAGACCAUCCCCGUGUUGCCGCACACGGCUGUGAUGCUGGUGCCAGGACAGACUCUUCCCCUGCAGCUCUUCAGGCCGCAGGAAGUCAGCAUGAUGAGGAGCGUGAUACAGAAGGACCGGACGUUCGCUGUGCUCGCACACAGUGACGCUGGCGAACCGGAUGCAGAGUUCGGAACGACGGCAGAAAUCUACGCAUACCGGGAGGAGCAGGAGUACGGCAUUGAGACGGUCAAAGUGAAGGCUGUAGGAAGGCAGAGAUUCAAAGUGCACGAGAUUAGAACUCAAGCCGAUGGGAUCCGACAGGCCAAAGUCCAGAUCCUUCCAGAACGCGUCCUUGCCGAUCCCCUGUCUGCUGUGCAGCUCACGGCCCUCUCCAGGCUCCUCACGCACCCUUCCUCCAGGCCCCUCACUCAGAGCUGCAAGCAGGCCCAAUGCUGGUGGAACAACUACCGACAGAGGAAGUUCCACUGUGCCGGUCUGACGCCAUGGCCGCCGUGGGUCUACGCCCUCUAUGACUCCGAGUCCCUCAUGAACAGAGUAAAGAAGCAACUCCACGAGUGGGACGAGAAUCUGAAGGAUGACUCUCUGCCGACCAACGCCAUAGACUUCUCCUACAGAGUGGCAGCCUGUCUGCCCAUAGACGACACACUGAGGCUCCAGCUGCUGAAGAUCGGCAGCGCCAUUCAGAGGCUUCGCUGUGAGCUGGACAUCAUGGACCGGUGCACAUCAUUGUGCUGCAAGCAGUGCCUAGACACUCAAAUCACCACCAAAAAUGAAAUCUUCAGCUUGUCCCUCUAUGGUCCCAUGGCCGCCUACGUCAACCCGCACGGGUACGUCCAUGAGACGCUGACCGUCUACAAGGCCAACAACCUCAACCUGGUCGGCAGGCCGUCCACGCUCCACAGCUGGUUUCCAGGGUACGCCUGGACCAUCGCCCAGUGCCGAAACUGCGGCUCCCACAUGGGUUGGAAGUUCACCGCCACCAAGAAGGACUUGUCUCCGCCUCGCUUCUGGGGUCUGACCCGCUCCGCCAUGCUCCCUCGCAUCCCGCAUGAAGAGGGCGACGACGAAGACGGGCGCCACAGCUCCCGCCUCUUCUGCCUGUGACGUCCUACCUUCUCUCCUCGAGUCUUCAAAUCCCCCGCCCCCUCGUGCCCGGCUGUCCGGGUAAGGAACGCAUCGCACUUUGUCGCCCUCUGCAGCAAGUCCAUCAUAUUGGCCGCAAAAAGGUCUUCUGACCUUCAAGACUUGGCGUCUUGAUACGUGGACACGCUAGAGACUUGCUUCCUGGCUGCUCAGUCCCCACUCGCACCAAAAUGAGAGCGUCACCUUUUGACACCCGUUAGUUCGUUAGUGCCGUUACGGUUUUGAAGUUAUUCUGAAAUCUAUUUUCUGACUGGUGACGUCUAAGAGUGUCCAAAAAAUCGAUUUUCAGAUCAAUCCUGAUUAUUUUGUAUUAUUUUUUUUUCCUCCAAUCUCUCCUGUCCAGCAACUCAGACAAAUCAUAUAGUUGAUGUAGAUCAGGGGUGUCCAAAGUGCGGCCCGCAGCUAAUUGUUUACCGGCCCGCCACACAUUCUGCAAAAAUUGCAAAAUUGAUAAUAUUGCAAACAUUUUAAAAAAGUGGAAUGAGGUAAAAUCUAACAAGAAAAAGUUGCAAUGUUGACACAAAAGCUGCCAUGCAGGCGGUUUUUUUUCUUUUGUCUUUGUUUAUUUUUCUUUUUUUUGCCAAUGCUAAAAAAAAAGACUAAAAAUCUAUGUCAUAAUGAAUUAUUACUUAAAAAAUAUCACUUUAAAAUGUUUUAUGUGGAAAAAAUAUUGCAUAUAUUGUGUGGUUGCCAUAAAAAACAUCAAAGUUUUAUUUGACAAAAGUGCAUAAUACAAACAAAAUAAUAGUUCAAACGUAAAAUGGACAGAUAUAUCUGAAGUUGAUCUUGUAAUUUAAGUGUUAAAAGUUUUUUAAAAAACUAAUAAAAAUGUAUCACUUUAUGAGUGGGGCACCUUUUGGAUCCCAAAUAUAUUUAGUAGGAUUUUAUGUAUCUUUUCACUGUGAUUACUCAAAAAUAUGAAAGAAUUAAAAUCAAUGGUGUCCUGCAUUAUUGAUCUUUUAGGGCUCUAAUGACUAAAUACUGCAUAUUUCAGUUUUACUAUAAAAAACAAAGUUGUCUUUGACAGAAAAGGCAUAAAACCUUUUUUUUUUUUUUUUUUUACUUUAUAUCAACCUGAAGUUGCUAUAGAGAUUUACUGUAAGCGUUAAAUAAAAAAUAAUAAUAAUUUGACUUAUUUUUUUACAUUUUAAUGACUGAGACCCUUUAUGGUCCCCAGGAGCCUUAAAGGUUGAAAAAAAAAAAAAAGCAUAUAUUUUGUUAAGGUUUGAAAAUGAAAAAUAUGCAAAUGGCCCCCGCAUGCUUAAAUUGUUCCGUGUGCGGCCCUCAGUGGAAAAAGUUUGGACACCCCUGAUGUAGAUGAUCAUAUCGGAUGUACAUAUUUACUUUAGAAAAGAGAAGUGUUGGAUGACUUCUCUUGUUGCCUUAUUUGUAUUUGACUAUUAAAGGUUUGGGAAGCAUUUUAUUCAACAGAACCAGGUUUAUUUGAUGUAAUAUAGAAAUUGUUCAUUUAUUUUAUGGAGGAAUGUUAUUAGCCAUAGAACUGGCAUCCAAAGUUAUUAAAAAGUACAGAUUUAGAAUCGAGAAGCGAUAAUGAACUGAAUCAUUACCCCCAAGAAUCAAAUGAUAUUGUGCGAUGCCCAAAUCAUCCAAAAUCACUCCUAACUUGUCCCUAUCGUUUGUGCUACAAACAUUUCUGGCCUAGUGAUUGUAGUUUUGAUGUUAUUAAAGUUUUAUGCUUUUUAUUUUAUCACCCCCAGCUUGUCAAAAUCCCCCCAAACUUGUCCAACAAAUGUUGUCUU